AUCUUACUCAUCUUCGAUAGAUUUUAAAGAGAAAUUCUGCGACUACAAUUUGAAGUUUGUGUUGUUACAUUCUGCGAUAUACUGGUUGCUAAUUUUGUAUUUGAACAAUGAAUACUCAAAUGGUUAAUCCACACAGCCAUACUACUUAUGAACAAGACCAAGGAAUUGGAGGAGGACUACAUUCUGCAGGUGGUCAUCAUGAACACGAUGAACAUCAUGAGAAGAAAUCAGUUAUUAAGAAAGUUAAAGCUAAAGCAAAAAAGAUCAAAGAUACUAUUGGUUCUAAGAUACAUGGUGGUCAUGAGCACGAGCAUGAACACGACCGUGAGCAUGAUGAUCAAGAUUUGGAUGAAGAAGAUGACUUCGAUGAUGAACUUGAACAAGACCCAGAAGUUCAUGGAGCACCUAUGUAUGAAUCAUCUGCUGUUAUGAUGGGAAACGAAAAUCUGAAUUCUGGACCAACCCAUUUGAAUGCGGUAGAUAAGGGGAAGACAGGACCAGCUGGGAUCAAUUUUGGCGAGCAGGGAGUUCCUGGACCAAAGCGGACAGAUUUCGGCAUGAAGUCAAGUACUAAUACCGGUCCCACCAAGGUUGACCUUCAUGAUAAAGCAUAUACAGGACAAAGUAGGAACAAUUUGGGAAUGUCAAAGACAGGAGAAUCCAAGACUGGUUUGGGUUUGCACACACCGUUGGAGACGGAUCCAAAUGCACCGUUCGGUUCUGAUACAUCGGGGAAUUACCAGUCUAAGGUUACCGAUCCUACAGGCGGAGGUGCAAAGGAAGCAGAUGUGGAACCGAUGAUACGGUCAUUUGGGAAAAUGGAGUUCACUAAUGAACCAGGAGAAAAGCCUGCCUUCACUGGAACAGGAAGUCAUGACCAAUUCUCUCCUGAUUCGACUGAGACUAGAGCAGAUGACAUGAGUAUAGAUAAAGAGUCGAACAGAAAUCCUAGUUACACUGAAAAAAUUACUGGUGCAACAUCUGCUAUUGCUGGCACUGCGGCCUCAGCUCUUACUGGUACAGCGGCUUCUGCUAAAAAUGUUGUUGGUUCUGCUGCAUCAUCUAUUACGGGUACUGCAGCUACCGCUAAAAAUGCCGUUGCUUCGAAACUUGGGUAUGGUGGAGAUUACAAUAGCAACAUCUCCGUGCAGGACACUCAUCCGACUCACACUGAAGGCACACACACUGGUACUGAUCAAACCAAGUCCACGACUGCAGCGGUGGGUGAUUAUGGAAGGAAAGUCGCUUCGACUAUUACAGGAACUGCAGCUACCGCUAAAAAUGCUGUUGCUUCAAAACUUGGGUACGGUGGAGGUGACAAUAGCGACAUUGCCACACAAGACACUCAUUUGACUCGCACUGAAGGCACACACACUGGUGGUGAUCAAACCGAAUCCACGACUGCAGCGGUGGGUGAUUAUGGACGGAAAGUGACUUCAACUGUGUCUGAAAAGUUGGCACCUGUUUAUGGUACAGUUGCGGGAGUUGGAAGUGCAGUUGUAACACCUGUUUAUGAGAAAGUUGCUGGAGCUGGAAGCGCAGUUGCAUCCAAGAUUCAAGGCACUAGAUCUAACACCAGUACUGGAACUGGUACCGGGGCGGAUGCUGGUACUGGUACUGGGGGAGUAGGCUUUGUGACAGAGCAAGACAAAGGGGUAUCAAUGAAAGAUUAUUUAGUACAGAAGUUAAGUCCAGGAGAAGAAGAUAAAGCAUUAUCUGAAGUGAUAUCAGGAGUUAUGCACAAGAAAAAAGAUGAAUUUCCAGCAACAGUUGCCGAGAAUAUGGAUAGAGUUACUGACUCACCACAAGUAGCUAGAAGUCUAGGAACUGGUGAGCAUGAGUAUCAAAAGGAUGGUGGUGAUCAGGGUUAUGGAAAUGAUGGGAGCAGUGUUGCCAGUGGUGGAGGUAUUGGGAGUCCUAGUGGGAAAGGAAUGGUGGAUAGGGUUAAAGGAGUGGUUAGUUCUUGGUUUGGCAAGGGUACUGGUGAUCAAAUUUAUGCUGAUGAACAGAGAUCUUCUGGUGGUGGUAUGGCAGAAAGGAAGGAUGAAAGCCAUGGAACUGGUAGUACGGGGGUUGUGCAUUAAGAGUCUAGUUCUACCAUGUGGUGAUCAAGCCAGUCAAGAUAGGAUAGUGAAGUAUCCUAUUGUUCGAGUUUUCUUUUUCCUUUGAAAAUCUACUUUGUAAUCAUGUAAGAAAGAACAUUAAAA